AUGGUUGGCAACAAGAAAGACGAAGAGACUGCAUUGGAACUAGCACGUGAAUCUAUUGUACUCCUGAAAAAUGAAGACGACGUGUUGCCGUUGUCGAAAAGCGCGUCGGUGUUCCUCACGGGUCACUCUGCGGAUAACGUUGGCUUGCAAUGCGGUGGCUGGACGUGGACCUGGCAGGGCCACUCAGGUAACGCGAUGUUCCAGCACGGUAUUUCCGUUCGCAAGGGCCUGGAGAACCUGGUUGGCAACAACUCCUUCACGUACUUUAACGGGCUUCAGUCAGCACGAGUAUACAAUUGCAGCCAUCGGAGAGGCCAAUUAUGCGGAGAAACCUGGAGAUAUCGAUGA